CGUUGCAUAUUUAUGACAAUAUGGCGGAAACAGAGGAGCCGGAGAAGAAAAGAAGGCGAAUAGAGGAGCUGAAUGAGAAUAUGGUUGUGGACGGAGGAAGUGUGGAUCAAGGUGAAUGGCAGGGAAGAUGGGACCACGUCAAAAAGUUUUUAGAGAGGACUGGACCAUUUACUCAUCCUGAUUUUGAACCCAGCACAGAGUCACUUCAGUUUUUAUUGGACACAUGCAAAAUUCUGGUUAUUGGAGCUGGUGGACUUGGAUGUGAGCUGCUUAAAGAUCUGGCCUUGUCAGGUUUUCGCCACAUUCAUGUUGUGGACAUGGACACCAUCGAUGUUUCCAACCUCAACAGACAGUUUCUCUUUAGACCUAAAGAUGUGGGUCGACCAAAGGCAGAGAUUGCAGCAGACUUUAUAAAUGGCAGAAUUACUGGAUGCAAUGUUGUCCCACAUUUUAAGAAAAUUCAAGACUUGGAUGAGCGAUUUUAUAAGCAAUUUCACAUAAUAGUCUGUGGUCUGGAUUCUGUUGUUGCCAGAAGAUGGAUGAAUGGCAUGCUGCUAUCUCUGCUGGUCUAUGAGGAUGGUGUUCUGGACCCUAGCUCCAUCAUACCUCUAAUAGAUGGUGGUACAGAAGGUUUUAAGGGCAAUGCACGAGUCAUUCUUCCAGGAAUGACGGCUUGUAUAGACUGCACCCUGGAGCUGUACCCCCCGCAGAUAAACUUUCCAAUGUGCACUAUAGCAUCGAUGCCACGGUUACCUGAACAUUGUGUUGAGUACGUCCGCAUGCUGCUAUGGCCCAAAGACAAGCCAUUUGGAGAUGGUCUGGCCCUUGAUGGCGACGAUCCGCAGCACAUCCAGUGGGUGUACCAGAAAUCUCUGGAGAGAGCAGCAGAGUUCAACAUCACAGGGGUGACUUACAGACUCACCCAGGGGGUUGUAAAGAGAAUAAUUCCUGCUGUGGCUUCUACAAAUGCUGUUAUUGCUGCUGCUUGCUCCACAGAAGUUUUCAAAAUUGCCACAAGUGCCUACGUUCCCUUGAACAACUACCUGGUGUUCAAUGAUGUUGACGGGCUAUACACAUACACCUUUGAGGCUGAAGAAAGGUCAAAUUGUUUAGCCUGCAGUCAGGUGCCACAGGACCUGCAGUUUUCACCUUCUACUAAACUACAGGAGGUUCUGGAUUACUUAACUGAGAGCGCAUCGCUCCAAAUGAAAUCACCUGCUAUCACUACAACUUUGGAUGGAAAAAACAAAACUCUUUAUUUACAGACUGUAGCAUCCAUUGAGGAGAGAACGCGACCAAAUCUAAGCAAAACACUGAAAGAGCUUGGACUAGUGGAUGGCCAAGAGCUAGCAGUGGCUGAUCUUACCACUCCCCAGACAGUGCUCUUCAAGCUAAACUUCGUCGCAUAAGACAAACAUUUCAUUCACAUGGACAAUUAGAUGUGGUUAUUGCAGUAGUUAUCAAAAUUAUGCACCCGUAGAAAUUUGGUCUGUAAAUGUCAUGUUGCUCUAUGCCCUUGGUGACAUCGCAAGCACACACUCGACUUGGUUUUUGAUGUUAUUUAGUGUUUUUAUCAGCCCUGUCCAUCUGUUAUAGGCACUCAGACUCUCGUUUUAUUGUUUUGUACUGCUAUAGUCCUGGAUAAGAGCGUUUUGGUGGAUUUUGCGUCCUUUUUUAACUACAUAUUGUUUAUGUAUUUAUUUUGUUUCUGUGCAAAUGCCCAUCGACAGUUUCUUGAUCAGUGUUGUAGAAAAAGAAUGAUGUUUGAAUUAAAAAUAGUAUGUUAUUUUAAACAAGUAUAAAAUCAUAUUUUAAUGUCCACUCUUUAUUAAAAGGGAUAGUUCACCAAAAAAUAAAAAAAACCCUGUCUUUUAUUGAAGGGAUACUUCACCAAAACUGAGAAUUCAGUCAUCAUUUAAAGGUUCUGUGUGUACAUUUUGGUAUGAUCUAUUGAUAGAAAUGCAAUUAUAAUAUACAUAGCUAUGUCUUCAAAUGUGUAUAAAGAACUUGCACAAUAAAGCGUUGUUUUUAUUA